AUGUUUCGUCUGAAGAAGGACAACGCCAUGAAAUACUCCAAAGCUCUACUGGACUACUUUAAGGUACAAAUCUUACCCUCACUCUAACCCUCACCCUCAAACUAACCCUCACCCUCACCCUCAUCCUAACCCUGAAGUACUCCAAAGCUCCACUGGACUACUUUAAGAUACAAAACCUCAUCCUCACCCUAACCCUCACCCUCACCCUCACCCUCAUCCUAACCCUGAAGUACUCCAAAGCUCCACUGGACUACUUUAAGAUACAAAACCUCAUCCUCACCCUAACCCUCACCCUCAUCCUAACCCUGAAGUACUCCAAAGCUCUACUGGACUACUUUAAGGUACAAACCUCACCAGCAGCUAUUUUAACAGCUGGAUUUAGUGUGAUACAAUUAAACGCAGAUGUGUUGGAUUAGACUGGAUAGAUUGUAAACGUGUGUUUUAUGUCAUUCCAGAGUUCUCCCAAAGUGCCUACUACACCCCCCAUCUGGAGCGACUCAGGAAAGUAAGGAAGUCUCUCUCUCUCUUAUUUCCUCUUUCUCACUCUCAAUCUCUGCAAUGUAUUUUUGAAUGUAUAUAGUAUUAGGUUGAUUUGAUUCUCCCCAGUGAAGUAUCAUUGUGUUCUUCUCAUCCACAGGGGCACAGGGGGGCCUCCCUCCUCCCUCUCCCCCAGCCCCUCAGCCCUCACCCUGGGCAGCUCCCCCUCUUCCCUCAUCAGCAUUCCCCAGCGCAUCCACCAGAUGGCAGCAAACCACCUGAACAUCACCAACAAUGUCCUGUACAGCUAUGAGUACUGGGAGCUAGCAGAAAGCCUGGCCAGAGACAACAAUGGUGAGAGAGACUACCCCAUUAUUAGCCAAUGAAUAGAAAUGACCUCUGUGGCUUUUUGAAGAGAGAGAAUUUUCACAUUGUUACAACAAUAAUAUAACAUUUUAAAUGUCUCUAUUCUUUUGAAACUAUUUUGAGUGUAAUAUUUACUAUUAAUUUCAUUUUUGUUUAUUGUUUAUUUCACUUGCUUUCGCAAGUUUCCCAUGCCAAUAAACUGAGAGAGUGAGAGAGCUAAUUUUGUUGAUACUAGGUUUCAACGCUUUAUUCAAUUUUAUCUAACUCUCUCCUUCACUCUGUCUCGCCCCCUCUCUCUCCCUUUCUCUCUCUCCCUCUCUCCCACUCUCUCCCUCUCUCUCUCUCCUUCUAUCUCUCUCAAGAGUUCUUUAACUACCUGAAUACUCUGUCAGGGCCAUUGACUCUCCACAGUAGUAUUGCUCAUGCAGUCCAGUACACCAGACAGGCUCUGCAGUGGAUACGCAUCAGUGCCAAUGUGGGCUAG